UUGUGAGGAUAAGCGGCUCGGAAUAUGGAUAGAUGGAUGAAAAUCAAUCCCCUCCCGCCACUCAUCCACACAGAUACAUAUGGCACCCUUGGAAUGCCAAUGUUUUUAGCCAUGACUGUAUAAAAAAAUACAUAACCUGACUGUGACGUAAAAUCAGAGUAAACCUUUCCUGUUUUAAGUCAAUUAGACUUGCCAAAUUAUUUCUAUUUGCUAAAUGACUGAAUAACGAAAGAAGGAUUUUUUUCAGGCAAAUCUUCUUUUCCUUUCGGCUUGUCCCUUUAGGAGUUGCCACAGCACGUCAUCAUUUUCCAUGUGAGAGUGGUUGCUUGGGCUGAACGAGAGUCAGUCAGUCAGGAAGGCGGUACGGAGUCACAUGGGACACACAAGCUAUGGAGCUCAAAGGCCAGCUAAUCUCAGCACCUGCUCCUCUCACAUGUUGGGACAGGAAGCAAAAGGAGCACAUGUUGGAGCUACAAGAGAGGAGGCAGAGCCUGCAGGCACUGCUUAGCACGCGAUUGGCUGAGCUGAGACGUGUGUGUCUGCAGGAGGCGGAGCUGACAGGUGCACUACCCAGUGACUUCCCCUUGUCAGCGGGGGAGAAACUCCCCUGUGUGAGGCGCAGAGGCGGGACGACCCGACAAGCAAACAGGAAGUCCAGAGCAGAGGAAGAAGAUGGCGCACGUGUGAGGACUAAAAAAACUUUAUUCAGCAGCACACGGAGAAAGCACAAUGACCGUGAACACAACACACAUGCACAACAUGGCAAGAUGACUGUGCACAGAGGCUGCCACACUGGUAACGCGUACGACAGAUGGGAGAGCAGCUCCACAUCGGACUCUACUGGAAAUGACAACGAGUUUGUGCCUCAGAGUCGCCCCCUGUUGGUGCUUGCUGGUUCUCCAGUGGAGGUUUACUAUCACAACAAUCACAGGACGAGUUCAGUGUGUAACAGGUCUGAGCAUCCUGAGAGUCUUCAGAGCCACAGGCCUCUCCCCCAGCCUCCUGCCCAAUCUUGCUCCCAUGUCAGCUCACCGUCUGCAGUCUCUUCGAAGCCUGCGGCCAUGGUGGAGGCCAACAUGUGCGUGACAGCCCGUCCCAGUAACAGCUCUGAUAGUCUGGAGGAGCGUGCGGCUUCCACCGAGAAGGAACAGCAUGGUGGCAUGUGGGCAAACAGUGUCACGGGGUCCCAGGCGGUAAACACGAGGCUGGCUGCGGGGCAAGGGCGCAGCUACAGCGACCUUUUAUUGGACUACGUGUUGAGCAAACAGCGCCAGCAGUCACAGCCAAUCACCUCCCAGCAGCCUCAAGGAGUGCCGCCCAGCUACCAUAUCCACAUGGGGGAGCAGCGGCGCGUCAAAGUAACCCGCACCAAAUCCUGUGGCCCCUUCCUGCCUGUGCCACAGAUCCAGCCAGACCCCCACCCCCACCUUCUGCCCCCACAGCUGGCCGCCGCCCAGGAUGCACAUCUGGAGGACACUACCAGGAGCCUCCACAAGGCCCUUGCCCUGGAAGGUCUGAGGGAUUGGUACCUGAGGAACACCAUAGGCUCUUCCCACACUAAUCAGAGUGAUGGGAAGGUUAAAGGUCAGAUGGGAGGAGCUUUGCAGCGUCGACGGACGACUCACAGUGUCCUCACGCAGUCGGAGGUCGGGCCUCACACCCAUCAGCCUCUGCCUCACUCCGUCACCUUCCACGGCCACCCGCUACACAGCAGGUCUGUAGACCCCCUCAGAGAAGCAUCCUUAAAGCAAACAUCACCAGGAACUCUGGUCUGAAAAGUCUGUCAGUCGGCAGGCUACGAUCACGCAGAGAAUCAAAAUGGCUGUCCCGCGAAGAUUGAAUGACAUGCUUCAGGAAGUAGCCGGCGGCUCUGAGCCUUUGCACGCCGGCACCUCAGUUUUCGCGUUUUGCCACGAGCUAGAUGUUGAGAAGGAAAGGACCAAAUGAUAUUGAAGAAUCUUUCCUUCACUGACAAUGUGGAUGUCAUUGUUGAAUUAAAUCACUGACUCAGGCCAAUCUAAUAACAGUAACAUUAUGAACUUUUAUAUUCCAGCAAUACUAUAGCCAAGUGAGCACAGCUUUCAAUGAACUAGACAAUCACAUUACACUGGGUUACAAAAAAAUAAUAAAAAUGUGUCCGUUGUCUCUGAGUCACUGAUGGUGUAGUGGUACAAUGUACAUUGGCCUGACAGGUACAGGCAGCGAGGGUUCAGUUCCCACUCAGUGACUGUGUGAAUGUGAGUGCAAGCGGUUGUCCAUGUCUGUAUGUGCCCUGCGACUGACUGGUAACCAGCUCAGGGUGUAGUCUACCUUUUGCCCGAAGUCAGCUGGGAUAGGCUCCAGCACCCCGUUACCAUAAACAGUAUUGAGAAUGGAUGGCUGGAAGUUGUCGAUGUUUUUUUAACUGAUUUAGGACUAUUUUGCAUCGCAGUUGUUGCCAGUUUAUUAAACAAAUGUGACAAACUUCACUUACUGUAAAUUGAAUAAGAGACUGAUAAAAGUACGUACCGAUAAAUUGUGUUUCUUUGUCAUUGUUCUAACUUCAGAGCAUGAAUCUCCGUUUAUUUGAGCCUCUAAAGUGAAAAUACCUGUACAUGUAAACAAAAUGUGGGCAUAGUUCAAAAGGUUGACCUGAUUGAGCAAAACCAUUGUGAUAUUUGGAUUCAGCCUAUCAAAAUUGUCCUAAAUCAGCUAAAACAUGUGUAGACAAUGAAUUUGUUGUUGACCAGUGUUAUCAAUAGAUAAAUUGAUCCAGUGCAUGUUGACAUCAGGUGUAUUGAUUAGUGAUUGACUGUGUAUAGAUUUUACUUGAUAUCAGGUCACUUUGAUCCAAAUAACGCUGACACAUUCUACCAUCUUGUUUUUGAAACUUAUUUUCUGUUUUUAUUACCAUUCUGUUUAUGGAAUGUCUAAGCCUCACCCACCUGCAAACCUCAGUGUGUUUGAUUGGCUUUAAAGACUGACAACAUGAUGCAGGUGGGUGGGUGGUAAUUACAGUAUUUUACAGUGGUGAGACGUCAGGGCCAGCAAGGCUUGCUCUGCUGACUUCAUCACUGUCAGAAGAUGUCAGGACUCAGGUUGUGAGUUGGACUCAGGCAGAGGCGAGAGAGAGGGCAGUUUGUGAAUGACUGUUUAUUGUUGGAACGCUUGGUUGGAAGCAAACAAAAAGUGACUCCGAGAGCUAGAUCCAGGGUUGGCCAGGUUCCAAGGAGGAGCAGUCUGGCAGAGUAGGGGUCUGGGUUGUCAAUGGGCAGAGGGAGGUGAGCACAGGUUUGCAGGGAGCAAAGGCAGAUAGCAGACUGUGGACAAAGAGCAAGCACGGGUUAGAGAUUUAAUCACAAGGUCUUCGAAAAGCAAAGGCGGAUAGUGUGGCUAGUCUACGAACUCGGCAAAGAGUGUUAGCCUGGCGACCAGUUGUUCUCCCACAUUGUCUUCAGAGUAGUCAGUCGUAAUUAGGAUGAUGAGACAGCAGCUGCUAGACUCCAACACGCCAAACCUGCAAAGCACUCAUGACACACACACAGACACUGAAGCAGGGGGCAGCUGAAGCCACCGGGGAGCAGUUCAGGGUAUCAGUGUCUUGCUCAGGGACGCCACAGCCGGGAGUCCUGGGGAUGUUGGCGUAUGGUCCAGUCGGGGUCUUGAACCUAGGUCCCCCACGGUGGGAGGCAAUGAUCUUAACCAUUGGGCCCAUGGCUGCCCCAUAUAGUGCCCUCUAUGGGUGUUAAAUGCUGUCUUCCACUCGUUUCACUCCCAAAUGCGGACAAGGUGGUAGGCUUGGUGCAGAUCCAACUUGAAGAAAAUUGUUGCCCUUGAAGGGCAAAGGGGCAAAGAUGUUAAGGCCACGAUAGUCCACACAUGGAUGGAGGGUCUUGUCUUUUUGGCCACAAAAAAGAAGCCUGCCCCCACAGGUGAAGAGGAGGGCCAGAUAAUACCUGCCGCCAAUGAUUCGCUGAUAUAGGUCUCCAUAGCCUCCCGGUCCGGACGAGAGAUGUCAAAAAGACUGCUGCUAAGGAGCAGUGCACUUGCCUGUAGUUCCAUAGCGCAAUCAUAUGUUCUGUGGUGUUUUCUGAACACUGGAGCAAGGUCAUGGUAAAUCAAGGGAACAUAGGCUAAAUUAGAUGGUGUACUCUGACUUCGACCACUUGGGGGCACCGCAGCUGAUCGCAAGCAGUUCUCAUGACACAAGUUGCGCCAUGUGGUGAGCUUGAGCACUGGGGUGCUGGGGUUAUGGAGCCUCAGCCAAGGCAAGCCAAGCACAAUUGGAACUUGAAGGCAAGGAAAAACAUGAAAACGUGCCACCUCUAGAUGGUUACCUGAUAGCUUGAGAGAAACGGGAGCAGUCUCUUGUUGGAUACGGGAGAUCAGCCGCCCAUCAAGGGCAGUGGGAUUUUUGGGAUUGGUCAGAGCCUGUAGAUGAAUUCCCAUCUGUUUAACGAGGCGGAAGUCAAUGAGAUUCUCGUCAGCUCCAGUCUACUAGGGCUAAAACAGGCAGAGACAGGUCAUUCCAGCAGAUGGUAGCAGAGAUCUUAAAACGGGUGGAAGAGGAAGAACUUGCAUUCUGACUCCUCCUUUAUUGGUGAGUCCGCCAGUGUGAUGGAAGUGUGGGACAGUUUGCAAUGUAGUGGCCCGCCUCUACACAAUACAAACACAGAUUUGAGGUUCUCCUGCUUGUUUUCUCCAAAUCUGAAAGUUUAGUUCGUCCGAGUUACAUGGGUUCACCGAUCUCGGGGUUGGUGGCUGGUGACAAACUCUCAAAGGAGGAUUUGGGAGUGGAGCGCUGCGGAGAAGGAAGUGGGGUAGGUGGAAUCUGUGACCUCGGGUUGCGUUCCGUUUGGCGCUCCCGGAGAUGACAAUCGAAUCUGAUGGAAAGAUCAAUCAGCUGAUCCAGGGAGCGUGGCUCAACCCUAGAGGCCAGCUCCUCUUUUCGCGACUCAUUUAGGUUCCUCCCGAAAAACUUCCUGUAGCACCUAGUCAUUGAAAUUGCUCUCAACAGCGAGAGUCCUCAAAGUGAUCGAAAAUUCAGCUACACUGCGAGAGCCCUGUCGGAGUGAAAUCAGCCGUUUAGCGGCCUCCCUCCCGCGGACCAGGUGGUCAAAGAUUUUCUUCAUCUCCGCGGAGAAAGAGGAGUAUGACGCGCAAACAGCCGACCGUCUCUCCCAUUCCGCUGUGGCCCACGAAAGCGCUGUACCCCGGAGACCGCCGAUGAGGUAGACAAUUUUAACAUUGUCGGUGGAGUAAGACUGAGGCUGAUGUUCAAACACAAGUGAGGACUGGACCAAAAAAGCGCGACAAGACCCUAGAUCACCAUCGUAAGCGGCAGGCGCAGGCAUAUACAGUUCACGCAUUACGUGGGUGAGGGGGGCAGUGGGAGCCGUGGAUGCCACAAUAGGUGGCUGUGCGCAAGUUUGGAGUGAGGCAAAUUUAUUUUGGAGGGACGUGAGGGCUUGUGAGAAAUCCCGGCCCUUUCCAAUCAGGAGGGUAAGGGCUUGGUCGUGUUGCUCCAAAAGCAUACUCUGUCCGGUAACCGUUUGGCGAAGGGGAUCUUUCGCUGCUGGGUGACUUGGGCAGACUAUGCUAUCAGGACUCCGGUUGCGAGUUGGACCCAGAUGCAGAGACGAGAGAGGGCAGUUCGUGAACGAAUGUUUUUUGUUGGAAUGCUUGGUCGGAAGCAAACAAAAAGGGACUCCGAGAGCUAGAUCCAGGGUUGACAAGGUUCCAAGGAGGAGCAGUCUGGCAGGGUAGAGGGAGGUGAGCACAGGUUUGCAGGGAGCAAAGGCAGAUGGCAGACUGGGGACAAAGAGCAAGAAUGAGUUAGAGAUUUAAUCACAAAAGUCUUCGGGAAGCAAAGUGAUAGUGUGGCUAGGCUACGAACUCGGCAUAGAACGUUGAUAGUCUGGCGAUGAGUUGGUGUCCCACAGCGUCUUAAGAGUAUUCAGUCGUAAUUAGGAUGAUGAGACAGCAGCUGCUAGACUCCCAACACACCAAACCUGCAAAGCACUCAUGACACACCCACACACACAAGGGCUGGACUCAGGGUGCUGAAACAGCAGUCCUGAUAGAAGAACUGACCUCCAUUUGCAACCUGAAUUAUAUAUUUUGUUCGAUGAAACUGUGAAUUUAUUGCCAAUGGUCUAUUCUCUUCAUUUUAUAGUGUUUCUCUUGGCUGGACUGCUUCCAGUACUUGUCUGUAGAUGUUAGAUUUUUUUUUUCUUUGGUCCAAUCAGACUUCAGCCUCUAUGUGCUGCCAUGUUAAUCAAAUCUGCCCAGGGGCUUCACAAUCCGAAGGGCUGUCUGAUGUAACAUAAACUAUAUUAGCAAUGGGGCUGUUUCUUUUACCAAUCAGAUUUCAAAGUCACCUCACAUUGGUUGGUCGCAGCAAGCCAAGUUCAAUUAACAAAACUGCACACUUGAAUACAUUUAAUCAUCAGCAUUUCUGGUGAGUAUGGUGUAUUUUAUAUAGUUUGAAAAAAAAAUUUGUCAUGUUAUUAGAUAAGUAUUGACUCUGAUCUGCUCCAGAUGAUGCAUGUGGCACAGUUGGCGUGCUUCUAUAUUUGUUUUUUGUAUAGUACUGAUGGUUUCUAUAAUUGCGAUGUGAUAAUGGUGGUAUUAAGAGGUUGGUUAAGUUGGGUAAGUCCUCACUGAAGGCCUCGAUCCCAAGUGCAUGACCCACCAAUGGUAUUUUAUGACUGAUCACUGUGACAUGAUUAGAUGUCAUUAGACCGCAGCCAAAUAUCCCAGCAUGCACUUGUUCUAACACUCUGCUCAAGUGGAAGAGGUGACAAAUGUAAAAAUUCUUCCUUAGCGAACAAACCAGCAGUGUCCAAAUGGACCAAUCAGGACUGGUGACGUCAUGGCUUUGUUUGCCAUGAUGGUGAUGCGUUCAGGUGAACUCUGUACAGUCUAACUUUUCAAAACAAAACAACAAACACAAAACUUUUUAAAAUCUUUUUGGGCUUAUUUGUACUUUUUCAAGCUUCACUGCUGUUUGAUGAAAACACAUUUUAUGUAACCAAAUGUUUAAUUUGGAAAUAAACAUUUCACUUUUUCUUCCAUG